GGAUGGAACCAUCGGUUCAGAAUUAGUUAUCCGGCCACUGCCAGAACGGGUUCUGCAAGAAGUAGUGAGCAAAGCGUCAACUCUUUACGAACCCAAACUACUGCCCAACAUAACUAAUAGCGAGGACUUGGAACACACAAGUCAUCAUAUCGUUUUCAGGAAAAUGGAUCGACCUAUCAGCGACGAGUACAGUGACUUUUCGCUUAUGGAACCAGAUCGCUUAGUCAAGAGAUAUAGGAUUAAGCGCUCGAUUAAUAGCAGAUCGAGACGCGAAGCACCGUACGUCAUUUACCCGGAAAUCCUUUGUAUUGUGGAUUACGAUGGGUACAGAUUGCACGGUGGCGAUAACGUGCAGAUAAAGAGAUACUUCGUGUCCUUUUGGAACGGAGUUGAUCUGAGGUACAAAUUACUGAAGGGGCCAAAAAUACGUAUCAGUAUAGCGGGAAUAAUUAUUUCACGUGGACGAGACGCGACACCGUAUUUAGAAAGGAAUCGCGUGGGAAGAGACGCAAUUGACUCGGCAGCCGCUCUGACAGACAUGGGCAAAUAUCUUUUCCGGGAGAGGAGACUUCCUGUAUACGACAUUGCCGUCGCUGUCACAAAGUAUGAUAUGUGUCGUCGUAGGAAAGGCGGCCGCUGCACUAAGGGAACUGCCGAUAAACGAGACAAUAAGAAUUCUUCACAAAUUAUCCAAUUAUAAUCUCGAUGAGAACUUGGGUGAGCAGAUUUUCCAAUUUAUAUUGCAAAUAAAACUAAGGGAAGUAAAAUUUGGCAUCGGACCUUUUCACUUUGGAUAUAGUUCCGUUUGCCAGGUACGUCCAAUAUUUAUUAAAAGUAUAAGCAUAUACAGGGUGUCCGAUAAUUCUGACGGAGUUCAUGGACAUGUAGAGCGGACUGAGACGGAAAGUCCUCUACCAUUUUGCAAUUUUCGACAGUAUAACUGCACAUAUAACAGAGGUUCAACUUUUAGAGAUCAUAUACGUAUACAAACAUAAUCGUAUGGCAUUAUUUGUAAGAAUUGACUAAUCGCAAUCAAGCAUUUCUCUUUUACAGUAGAAUGAGAGAGGAAUACUCGAAUGUGAUUAAUCAAUUCUUACAAAUUAUGGCAUAGGGUUGCAGUUAAUAUAAAUGAUCCUUUAUCGAAUCGAGCGUCGCAAUUCGCAAUAUUAAAAAUGGGGUCGGCAAUAAAGAGUACAUAAAAAAACGAUGAUUUUGUAUUCUUCCUUCUCCCUCUCCCCCAUCCCCUUUUUUCAUCAGUCAAAAAUUUUACACCGACAGGCGAAAUAAGUUGCCGGCCCUGUAUAUAAUAGAAUAAAUAUUUCUACAUUUAAUUUUGUAAAUAAUAUAAAUAUCUA